CAGAAAUUGUGAGUCGUUGGCCACCUUUAAAAGCCUGUUGUCUGUUCCCACUGCACCGUGCCUAUGUAUGCUCUUGCGUCACAAAAAAGUAGUAGUAUACGCUAGUAUAAAAUGCGAAGGAAGCACUACUAAAAAACAUAACAGCAAUUACCACACCAAUCCAGCGUGUUAUCCGUUCUACUUCUCUGCCAAGUCUGCCUUGAGUUUCUACUGCAAUGGCUUCACAAACCCAUGAAAUCCACUUUCUACUCGUACCCUUCAUGGCUCCAGGCCAUCUUAUCCCCAUGAUUGACAUAGCUAGGUUGCUGGCAAGGAGAAAUGUGGCUGUCACCAUAGCUACAACACACCAGAAUGCUGAUAGAUUCACUUCUGUCAUCGAUCGUGCCACCAGUUCAGGGCAACCUAUCAGAUUUCUACUACUUGAAUUUCCCUCUGAGGCUGGGCUGCCUAAAGGGUGUGAAAAUGUUGACGCCAUACCCUCCGUCAACCUGAUAGGCAAUUUCUUCACUGCAAUAAAUUUGUUGCAGCAGCCCUUUGAGAAGUCCUUGAAGGAGAUGAGACCACCUCCAAGCUGCAUGGUCUGUGAUAAACACGUACCAUGGACAGCCAAUACUGCGUCACGGUUCGGGAUCCCAAGGAUAUUAUUUGAUGGGAUGAGUUGCUUCACUCUUCUGUGUAAUUACAACUUACACAAAACUGAGGUCUACAAGCAUGAAUCUGAUAAUGAGCCUUUUGUGGUGCCAGGCAUGCCGCAUCAAGUUGAAUUCACAAAAGCACAGUUACCUGCAGUCUUCCAUCCAGCAACCAAAGAGGAAUUGAUGGCUUUCCUGGAGCAAAUCAGAGCAGCCGAGGAAGGAGCGUACGGGGUGCUGGUUAAUACCUUCGAGGAAUUGGAAUCGGAGUAUGUCAGAGCAUACCGAGACGCCACAGGUGAUAAGGUCUGGUGUAUCGGCCCUGUUUCACUAUGCAAUAAGGAGGGCUCAGACAAGGCUGAGAGAGGUAACAGAGCCUCCGUAGAUGAAAACAAGAUCUUGAAGUGGCUAGAUUCACGCCCACCAAGAUCAGUCCUUUACAUCUGCUUUGGAAGCAUCGAACGCAUGACACCUUCACAGUUGAUCGAGCUAGGCUUGGCCCUGGAAGCAUCGAAUAGGGCAUUCAUCUGGGUCAUGAGAGGAGGAUACAAACCAGAAGAAAUAGAAAAAUGGCUGACCGAGUAUGGAUUUGAAGACAAAGUAAAAGGAAGAGGGCUCGUGAUAAGAGGCUGGGCACCACAAGUACUAAUUCUCUCUCAUCCAGCAGUUGGAGGAUUCCUAACUCACUGCGGCUGGAACUCGACCCUUGAAGGUAUCUGUGCCGGCAUACCAAUGGCAACUUGGCCUCUGAUUGCGGAGCAAUUUUACAAUGAGAAGCUGAUAGUCCAGGUUCUUAAGAUCGGUGUGAGGGUGGGGUCUCCAAUGGCUACGCUCUUCGGGGAAGAAGAAGAAAAGUUGGGGGUAAUGGUAAAGAGGGAAAACAUCGAGAAGGCUAUAGAGAAGCUGAUGGUUGAAGGAGAAGAAGGACAACAGAGAAGAGAAAGAACUCAAAAGCUUGCAGUCAUGGCAGAAACGGCGGUGGAAGAAGGAGGAUCUUCUUACCACAAUCUUACCCUACUAAUCCAGGACAUAAUCAAACAAGUAAAAGACAAAACAGAGCCGACACUGAAGCAGGGUCCAUAACCAACACGUCAACCUUCGUCUUUCGUGUAAUAAUAAAAGAGAAAGCGACCUGAUUGCGAGUCAUUGAUUCAUUGAGCUAUCGAAGCUAAACCUGCCAAAUUCAGCAUGGCACAUGCUUCAAUGAGUCAUAAAACGACUGCAGUUGGCAGUUGCUGAUCAAAAAAUAAAAAAUAAAAAUAAAACGGCUGCAGUUUU